CUAUCUCUAGUCAAAACCUCAGAAACAUAUCAAUUCUGAACAGAAACCAAGAAUAAAAAUGCAGUCCAUUCUACAACCCAUCCUCGGUCCUCAUAAGGAGAUCCAUGAUCUCACUGGCCGUGUCGCCCUCAUCACUGGCGGUGCACUAGGCAUAGGGUACGAGAUUGCCCGCGCGUUCGUUCUCAAUGGCGCCAAGGUAUACAUGACCAACCGCAAAGAAGAACAAGGCCAAGCUGCGAUCGAACAAAUUAAGAAAGAAGCCGGCGAGAAUGCGCAGAUCGAGUGGUUCCCAUGCGACAUGGGGAACUUGAAUGAAAUUAAGGAAGUGUUUGAAGACUUCCGGAAGAAGGAAGAUCGACUAGAUCUUCUUAUUCUCUCGGCGGGAAUUAACGUCAACCAAUACGGCGAGACACACGACCACAUCGAUCGCCAUUUCGAGGUCAACUGGCUGGGCCAGUUCUAUGUCGUGAAUCUGGUCUAUCCGUUGCUGAGAAAGACGUCCAAGUUACCGAAUACCCCUGCGCCCAGAAUCGUCUUCGAGACCUCAGAGCAGCAUCGCAUGGCGCCUAAGAAUGUUCAUUUCGCUACGCUAGAGGAGAUCAACAACCCUGAGGUCGGCAACCUGGAGCUUUACGGUCGGACGAAGUUGGCCAUCAUUCUUGGAGUGAAGUACGGACUGUUGGAUCGGGUAAUCAAGCCUAACAAUGACAAUAUCUACGCGCUGUCUGUGCAUCCAGGCGCUGUAAACACGGCGAUGCAACAACAAUGGAAGGACGCAUAUCCCGGCCUCUUGGGCAAGCUUCUAACCACAGUAAUGCUGGCAGCCGGUCGAACACCCGAGCACGGCUCCUUCAGCGCACUGUAUGCGGCGACUAGUCCCGAAGUUGAAGAGAAGGGUUGGAACGGAUACUACUUCAGUGACCCUGCACAGCCCGGAAAGGAGUCUGCGCAGGCGUCAGAUCCUUCGUUGGGUGCUGCAUUGUGGGACCUCAGUCACAGGAUCAUCAAGGAGAAGGUUGGCGAUGAUGCCAUUGUCGACUGGAAUGCCAGUGCAUGAGGCAGACACGACUUUUAGCGAUUGAAUUGUAUAUUAUGAUAAUGAUGUUUUAUAUCAGCUUCUAGAAUGUAGCUCAAUAUUGCAAGUUUCUUUCGAGGGUGCCAUC